AAAACAACAAACCGAGGAAGUCCAUGAACCCCCAAAAACGAGUCUUUCGGCCCGGUCUGUACACAUUACAUUGUGAUGGACAUCGGAGCAAAAUAACAAAACCUUCCUCGAAAAUGUCGAACCUAGCCGUGCAAGACCUCAAGAACUUGGAUAUAACCAAGUUGACGGCCCUAUCGCCCGAAGUCAUCAGUAGGCAAGCUACUAUUAACAUUGGUACCAUCGGUCAUGUAGCCCAUGGAAAGUCCACAGUUGUCAAAGCCAUAUCAGGUGUACAAACUGUCAGGUUUAAGAAUGAAUUAGAAAGAAAUAUCACAAUCAAGUUAGGUUAUGCAAAUGCCAAAAUCUACAAGUGUGAUAACCCAAAAUGCCCACGGCCUGCUUGUUUCAUUUCUGCGAGCUCAAACAAAGAGGAUUCCUUCAACUGUGCCAGAUCAAAUUGUCAAGGAAGGUUCCGCAUAGUCAGACAUGUAUCCUUUGUUGACUGUCCAGGUCACGAUAUUUUGAUGGCAACUAUGUUGAACGGCGCUGCUGUUAUGGAUGCUGCACUCCUCUUAAUUGCUGCUAAUGAAACCUGUCCCCAGCCUCAGACAUCUGAACAUUUGGCCGCCAUUGAAAUUAUGAAACUCAAACACAUUUUAAUUCUACAAAACAAGAUUGACCUGUGCAGGGAAUCCCAGCUACGAGAACAGUACGACCAGAUUUUAAGGUUUAUUCAAGGUACAGUCGCAGAAGGAGCGCCAGUCAUACCCAUAUCCGCACAGCUCAAGUUGAACAUAGACGUCGUAUGUGAAUACAUCAUGAAAAAGAUUCCUAUUCCUGACCGUGAUUUCUUGGCAACCCCACGGCUGAUUGUCAUUAGAUCCUUCGAUGUCAACAAACCAGGCUGUGAAGUAGAGGAUUUGAAGGGUGGUGUAGCUGGUGGAUCAAUUCUAAGAGGAGUUCUUAAGGUUGGUCAAGAGAUUGAAGUUCGACCUGGAAUCAUCUCCCGCGAUCCCGAAUCAGGAAGAGUGGUUUGUAAACCAAUUCGAUCAAGAAUAAUAUCGUUAUACACAGAAUCUAAUGAACUUCAGUUUGCUGUUCCUGGUGGAUUAAUUGGUGUAGGCACAAAGAUUGACCCGACACUUUGCCGUGCUGAUCGUAUGGUUGGUCAAGUUUUGGGUGCUGUGGGCUCACUUCCAGAAAUCUUCACUGAGCUUGAGAUUUCCUACUUCCUCCUCAGGCGUUUGCUUGGUGUUCGCACAGAAGGCGAUAAAAAAGGAGCGAAGGUUCAAAAACUAGCCAAGAAUGAAAUGCUGAUGGUCAACAUAGGCUCUCUAUCCACUGGUGGAAGAGUAUUGGCUGUCAAAGCUGAUUUGGCGAAGAUCACUCUCACUAACCCAGUGUGUACUGAAGAAGGUGAAAAGAUUGCACUUUCUAGGAGAAUUGAUAAACAUUGGAGGUUAAUUGGUUGGGGACAGAUAAGACGAGGAGUUACUAUUAAUCCGGAAUAAGAGUAAUUAAUACAUAGCAAGGAAUAAAUUCAUAGGUGUUUAAUUUUUAAAUUCAGCUGUUAAAAUAGAGAAAGUCAAAUUUUAUUUAUUAUUUCGAUCUGGUAACCAUAAAUUUUGUUUAAGGUUAUCGACUCUUUAUCUAAAAUCUAUUUUUUCCCCUUCCCUAAGAACUUGGUCUUGGUGACGUUUACUGGUUUGUGGUGAUCACUUCUGUUGCUUUUUCUGUUUCGUAAUAGUAUGUGUGUACAUAAUUAUAUAUCUCAGUGGGAUGACCUUGGAGGCAAGGUGGAGAUAAGUGUAAUUUGGGCUGUUGCAAUUAGAUGAAAUUAUUUCACAGGCCUAGAGGUGACUCCUCAUCCAAAGUAGGUUUCAUUCAAGAGAUAUUUCAAGAUGUUUAAACUCCAGAUAUAUAUAUGUGCGAUUUAUAAAGUAGCCACGAUAUAAGUUGGUACAUUGACUAAUAUGUUUAUGUAGCCUGUAUGUGCUUUAUUUAGAUUGGAGGUUGUAUCAUUUUAAGUUAUGUGAACUUUGCCAUUUAAUCUCUACUUCUUACACAAUACUUUGGAUUGCUUGAAAAUUUACCAUGUAAAAAAUUAUCUCCUUAACAGAUUAUGAGUAAUUUUGAAAUGCUACCAAAAAAGCUUUUCUUUCAUGUACUAGGAUGCUUAUUUGAAGGUGACAUUUAUGUACUGUAACUUAAUUGAGAGCUGAUAUUCUUGCAAAUUAUUUUACUCCUCAUAUAAGGAUUGAAAUGUCUUGCUAAGCUACCUCAAGUAUGGAAGAAAAUCAAAAAUGGUUUUAUAAUAGAGGAAUCACUUCUGAGCCUGUGAUUAAAAUAACGUUAUCAAGUCUCAAUAUAACGGCUUAUUUCUGUAGUGUGGACGGAAGCAUCAAUGCUGUUUUUAUCUUAACCAGUUACAUUGUUUCCAUUCUUGAAGAUUUCUUGAUUUCUAUCAAGUUUCACUCAAAAUUUCUUACUUUGUACAUCAUCUGUAAUUUAAAUCAUUUCACCCAGAUAUGUGACAAACCAGUAUUGGAUAACAAGUUUCAUCAUAAUACUAUUAUGACUAAAAUUGCUCUGUGGAUAUUCAGCUUUUCCUGAAAUAUAUGUUUGUUCAUUUGUUGCAAGUGAGAUAAAGUUGAUCUGUUAAAUUCUUGUUGGUUGCUGAUUAAGUUUUUAGGUAUGAAAGAGAGAAGGGGGGGAGGGGUUUUGACAUGGCUGUUUCAUUAUGCAUAUGUCUGUAAGAUUUCUAAUAAAAAUUUUACAAGGAUUUAUAA